CUUGUCCAUAUCUCUCUACAGUCUGGACUCGUAGUAACCUACACCAAACCAAACCGCCAAAAUGACAGCACUGAAAGGACUCCAGGCUACCCACCGUUUAAACUCAGGCCAUGAGCUGCCUGUUCUUGGAUACGGGGUUUACAUGAUCCCGUCAUCUCAAACCGAGAAAGCCGUCCGCGAAGCCCUCUAUGUCGGCUACCGCCAAAUCGACUCCGCCAUAAUGUACCGCAACGAGAAGCCCUGCGGUCGCGCAAUCAACGCCUCGGGCGUGUCUCGCUCAGAUAUCUUCUUCACGACGAAGAUUCCUCCGAACUCGAUGGGGUAUGAGCGCACUCGGCGGGCGAUUGACACGAGUUUGAAGGAGGCGGAGCAGGAGUAUUUUGAUUUAAUCCUGAUCCACGCGCCGUACGGCGGAAAAGAAGCUCGUCUGGGAUCGUGGCGCGCACUCGUCGAGGCGCAAGCAUCUGGAAAGGUCCGAUCCAUCGGGGUGUCGAACUAUGGGAUCCACCAUUUGGAUGAGCUGGAAGCGUAUAUCUUAGGAGGAGGAGGAAGCAAGAUAGAUGUUGGACAAUACGAGCUUCAUCCGUGGUGCGAUCGACCCGAGAUCGCAGAGUGGUUACAGAAGAGAAAGAUCGCCGUGCAGGCUUACUCGCCGCUUGCUCACGGGGAGCGCAUGAAUGAGCCUGCUUUGAGGAAGAUUGGAGGGAAGUAUGGGAAGUCGGGGGCGCAGGUGAUGGUUCGGUGGGGGUUGCAGAGGGGAUUCGUCCCCCUACCCAAAUCCAUAACGCCUAGUCGGAUCAGGGAAAACGCCGAGGUGUUUGAUUUCGAGCUGGACGAGGGGGAUAUGAAGGCGUUGCAGACGGGGAUUUAUGAACCGACUGAUUGGGAUCCGACGGUGGAUGAUGAUUGAGUCAUCUAGCGUAGUCAUGUAUAUGAUAAGAUCAUUGUGAUCUGAUGUACAGUGGGUAUAACUGAAAGAUCGCAAUGUUAUAUAUCACGUUAGUUA